AUGGCAGCAAAGUUCCUCGGCGAGCCAACUAAAGUCGUCACAGGCAGCUACGAUCGAACGCUCAAAAUAUGGGACCUCAGAAUGAAAUCGUGUAUAGAAACAAAAUUUGCCGGAUCAUCCUGUAACGACUUGGUUACGUCAGAUGGUGCUGGCUCCACCAUCAUAUCGGGACACCUCGACAAGACGAUUCGAUUCUGGGACAUCCGCUCGGAGAUAUCGGCCAACGACAUCGUGCUCCAGGGCAGGAUCACAUCGCUUGACCUUAUCAGAGACAGUAACUAUUUACUGGCGUGCGUGCGGGACGACUCAACAAUACAACUGAUAGAUCUUCGGAUGAAUACAAUAGUGCGCUCCUUCAGGCUAUCUUGCGUACGGGACGAGAAUAUCGCAUGGCAACACAAAUCUCCUGUUCAUGGCGUUGAAUCUUUUUACAAUGUUGCACUGCUGCGAUACGUACGAUGUGUAGAACUAGACGCCGUUUGCUAA